AUGUACAAUUUCGCAAAUGCAGAGUCCAGGCCUGGCGCGCCGAUGGGACAGAGUGCGAGCGGGGCCGAUCUUCCUAAUACAACCACUAAACCUCGCACCUUUAACGCAACGUCGCGCCAAAACAAUUUCACUCCCCACACUGGAGCAAAGCGGUUGGUCGUGAAGAAUCUCCGCACGGGAUCACGGUUGAACCAGGAGUCGUACUUUGAGAAGAUUUGGGGCCAACUUGAUGCUGCGCUGUCGGCGAUCUUUGGUGGUGGAAAGCCCGAAGUUUCGCUCGAAGAGCUUUACAAGGGUGCCGAAAAUGUAUGUCGCCAAGGUCGAGCUGCAGUUCUAGCCAAACGGCUCCAGGAUCGGUGUCGAGAACAUGUAUCUGGGAGAUUACGCGAUAAAUUGGUGGCAAAGGCUGCAGAUGGGAGCAACGUCGAUACACUGCGAGCGGUGGUAGAAGCAUGGUCGCAGUGGCAGUCAAAGCUGGUAACCGUGCGCUGGAUCUUCUACUAUCUCGACCAGUCAUUCCUCCUCCAUUCCAAAGAGUUUCCCAUGAUACGUGAGAUGGGCUUAAUUCAAUUCCGGCAGCACAUAUUUUCCGAUGCCGUAUUACAGCCGAAGAUCCUACAGGGCGCUUGUGACCUUGUCGAGGCGGACCGUGGCGAAGAACAAAGCGUGGUGGCUGACUCGUUAUUACUUCGAAAUACAAUUGAACUGUUCCACGGCCUUGACAUCUAUACAACUGGCUUUGAACCGCUUCUCAUAUCGGAAUCCAAGAAAUACUUUUCUUCAUGGGCCCAGCGAGAAGCAACAGGGUACUUGGCUACUUUUGCCGAGAACAGCCACCGUAUAAUUGAGCGGGAAGUGACUCGAUGUGAGCUGUUUUCGCUGAAUAGAAGCACCAAGCAGAUGUUAUCAGAGCUGCUGGACCGCGCCUUGGUAACAGAACAAGAAAAUGUUUUGCUCAACCAGCCCGAUAUACUAGGUCUACUACGUGCGGGGAACAAGGUUGCUUUAGAAAGGCUUUACUCACUCCUUCAACGGAAGGAUCUCGGUGCGAAGUUGAAGGCCGCUUUUAGUGGUUAUAUUAUUGAGGAGGGCUCUGGGAUCGUCUUUGACGAGGAUAAAGAAGCAGACAUGGUGGCUCAUCUAUUAGAAUUCAAGCAGCAACUUGACGAUAUUUGGGUCAAUUCUUUCCAUCGAAAUGAGGAGUUGGGCCAUACACUCCGCGAAGCUUUCGAGACGUUCAUCAACAAAGGAAGAAAGUCAGAAUCUACUGGAGGUACCGACAACCCCAAGACUGGAGAGAUGAUUGCCAAGUACGUGGACAGGCUCCUCAAGGGUGGGUGGAAGCUUGCACCUGCGCGCAAGGCGGAGGACAUGCCACUUGCCGAUGAAGACGCCGAAAUCGACAGACAACUGGAUCAGGUCCUGGACCUGUUCCGUUUUGUCCAUGGAAAAGCAGUCUUCGAAGCCUUCUACAAGAAUGAUCUUGCUCGUCGGUUGCUGAUGGGCAGGAGCGCCAGCGACGAUGCGGAAAAGAGUAUGCUGGCAAGGCUCAAGACAGAAUGUGGGUCAAGUUUCACACAUAACCUGGAGUCCAUGUUCAAAGAUAUGGAUGUUGCCCGCGAUGAGAUGUCGGCAUACAGCUCAAUACAGCGCGAACGGCGGGACCGUCUACCGGUGGAUUUGAACGUCAGCGUGCUUUCGGCAUCAGCAUGGCCAACAUACCCCGAUGUUCAGGUGCGGAUACCGCCCGAAAUUGCGACUGCCGUCGACGAUUUCGAAAAGUUCUACAACACCAAAUACAACGGGCGCAAGCUCAAUUGGAAGCACCAAUUGGCACAUUGUCAGCUGCGCGCAAGGUUUCCCAAGGGAGAUAAGGAAUUGGUGGUCAGCUCCUUCCAGGCGAUUGUGCUGUUGCUCUUCAACGAUAUCCCGGAGGGUGGAAGCCUCGGGUAUGCACAGAUACAGGAGGCGACCAUGUUAUCUGAUCAAGAACUGAAACGAACGCUGCAAUCGCUCGCAUGUGCGAAAUACCGUGUUCUAAGCAAGAAGCCGAAGGGCCGGGAUGUGAAUACGACAGACGAGUUUUCAUACAACGCGGCAUUCACCGACCCGAAGAUGCGAAUUAAAAUCAACCAAAUUCAACUGAAAGAGACGAAGGAAGAGAACAAGACCACGCAUGAGCGGGUGGCUGCCGAUCGUCACUAUGAGACUCAGGCAGCGAUUGUGCGAAUCAUGAAGAGCCGCAAGACGAUCACGCACGCUGAGCUUGUAGCUGAGGUUAUCAAGGCAACCCGAAGUCGGGGAGUGCUAGAGCCGGCGGAUAUUAAGAAGAAUAUUGAGAAACUGAUUGAGAAAGACUACAUGGAGCGCGAGGAAGGGAACCGUGUUGAUUUGACAGCUCAGAGACCGUCAGAACGAAAUGGCAUGAUAAAGAAUGCACUAAGACAGUCAUGUGUCCAUUCUGCUUUAGAGGCCUUCCCUUCCUAUGCACAGUCGCAGUCAGCUAGCCGUGUAGAUACAGAGAGUUGUCGUGGCCCUUUCGGGCGCUGCCUGCUAGUAGCGACGGUCAACAGUGGUAAGUGGGGUGACCGGAAUGUCGGGAGACAAGAGAAUGGAGUAUCAACUGUAGCUCCGCAGACUAGCAGCAUUUUGAUCCCUGGCAUGGUUGCGGAGCAUCGCCGGUCCCACAAGCCUACUUGGGGGACCCAAGGAGGUAGCUUCCAUGGGGAUCCGUCGGUAGAUUGGAAACGACUAGAAUGUGUAGUGGAUAAUUGA